AUGGAAAGCAAUCAUCAGUAGGAAUAGGAGCAGGAAGAAGUAGAGUUAUUUGAUAUUAAGAAACUUCAAAUCACCCCGGAUGUCUCACAAAUCUCAGAGGCUGUAGAGUUCACCAUCUAAUUCCAAGUGAAGCAGGCAGUUCCUAACCCUAUGUUUUGGAAAGUAAACUACAUUAUAGACUCUACAGGCAAGAGAGUCAUUAAUGAACUUGUCAUCUCAGAUAAAUACACAUAUAACGAUGUCAACUAGGUCUAUACUGUGCAGCUUAAAACACCUAAGAUAGAAGUUGACAAGGUUCCUCGCAAAACUCUACUUAAUGUAGGUCUCCUCUAAAUCAAAGCCUACUAAGUGAUUGAUGGCGAGAACUAGGAGGAACUUAGCAUGAAUAUGGUGGUGCACGUAUCAAAGGACAAAUCAGAUGAAUCAAUUCUUCUCAAGACAGUUCUUAACCCCCUAGAAUGA